AUGGAGAAACCAAAAACCCUAGAACCUGAAUCGAGCAAAGUGAAUGAGAGGAAAGAUGAACCAACAACUAAACAUUGGGUGGACGUGAUAAGCAACAACAAAAAUUCUGCUAAUGAUUUGUCACUCGAAUUUGUGGCGCCGAAGAUUGUUGAUGGGGAAGUGGAGAUUAAAACUGAACAUGAAGACAUCGCAUCUGAGAAAGACGAAAUUAGUGAAAUACCUGGGUGGUUGAUCUCUGAUGAACUUGAUAAACAACGUGAAGCAACUAAAAGAUUGAAUAUGCUAGUAGAACAAGGUGAAACCUCUGUCAUUCAAGAGGUAGUUAAGCAAAAUGCUGUUGUGCCUUAUUUGAUUAAUUUGUUGGCAAAUGGGAAUACCUAUGAACAACGACUUCUAGCCGCGCAGUGUCUCGCCAACAUUGCCCGAGGAAAUGAAGAGCAAACAAUGGUUAUAAUUGAUCAACAUGCUGCCAUUCCCCCACUUGUGUAUAGUCUUGAGACUGGAAGAGAUGAUAUAAAAGAAAUGGCAAUACUGGCACUAAGCAACAUUUCUGGUCAUUCUACCACCACGAGAGAUGCUGUUGUUAAAAGUGGCGCAUUCGAGGGAUUAUGGAAGUUGUUGAAGAAUCCACUUGAGCCACGAUUAACUAUCCUGAAACAGGCUUCAUUGGCAUUAUCAGUCUUCUGCCGUGGAGAUCCUCCUUCCCUCGAGGUUUUCGACAAGAUACGGCUAAACAUGUUUGUAUUAAAGCAGCUCUUGAUGAUGAGGACUGAUAAAGAAGUUACCAAGAAUGCAUGUAUAACAUUUUCAUUGAUUGCUAGCAAAGGUUCACCAGAUAUGAUCCAAGCUGUGGAUAGCGCACGAAUUUGUCCAAGACUGAUUGGGUUGAUCAAAUUACCAAUGCCAGAGUGUUUCGAGCCAGCUUUGCUAACUUUAGCAAAGAUUGCUGCUCAGAGUCAUGAUUAUGCUCAGAGAGUAAUUGAAGGAGGAGAUCUCGAUUGGCUUCAAUCGUUUUUUACGGAAGAAAAUAAUAUAAACAUCGUUACACAAGCUUUGAGGCUAAUAUCAAAUCUCACUAGGACUGCAGUUCAAAUCCAGGCUGUCAUUGCUGCUGGUUUGGUUAAUGCUUUGGUUAAUUCUACUAUGGCUGAAUCUGAGUUUAGAAAGGAUGCAGCAGAGGCGAUUUUGAAUAUCACGAGUAAUGGAAGUCCAGAACAAAUUCUGUCCUUGGUGAAUGGAGGAUGCAUUCCCCCACUUUGUGACCUCUUGACCUGCGCAGAUCCAAUGAUUGUGUGUACUUGCUUAAAUGGAUUGAAAAACAUUUUAAAUGCAGAUCAAGCUUACAAGGGAAUGGUUGAGGGGUGUGGAGGGAAGGAGAAGAUUGCAAGUUUACAGCACAAUGAUAAUCUCGAUGCUAGGGACAUAGCUGUAGAGAUUUUGGAAGGCUUUUGGCAAGAGAUGAUUGAUUACACUCAGUAUUUUGAUUUCGAUUAA